CUUCAGAUGAGCCCUGGCCUGCUGAUUGGCCUGCCAUCCCAAUAGCGGAAACACAGCCGAUUAAGAUGGAUUCUGGCGAAUUUGUCAAAUGCAGAGGCUGAGGCCAGUGAGCCUAACGGGAGGCCUGACUGUGCUGGGCUAGCCCAGUCGCCAGCAGUCAAAGCCAACGUCUCGCGCAGCCUUUUCUCCGUCUCCUCUCCAUCAACAUCGUCCAGCAUAUCAUAUCCAUCUCACCAUGCGAACGACUCACCUCUUCUCGCUCGUCCUCUCGGCAUCGCUCACCAUCGCCGCAGACACGAAAUGCUGGUUCCCCGAUAAAGUGACCGAAGCGAAGGGCGACGUGCCGUGUUACGAUAGCAGCGGCGGCUCUCACUGCUGCGGCAAGACCGACAUCUGCCUCAGCAAUGGUUACUGCAUGGGUAUUGCCCAGCCAUUCGUGAUGGCGCGGGCUAGCUGCAGUGAUAAGAACUGGGGGGCGGAUUCGACGUGUAAAGAUCCAUGCUCGUUCUUGCCGAGUCUGUUGGGCGGAGGAUGCUCGCUGCCCAUGAUUAGCAAUAACGGUUCCGUCGCUCUAUACUGCGCCAGCGCGAUCGUCGAAAACUCAGAUGGCGUGGGCUGCGUCGAAAACCACGACCCCUUCACAGUCCCAUCGGCCACCGUCGUCCCCAACAAGGCCGUCCUCGCCAGCUCCGCAUACCAAUCUCCCCUAAGCACCUCGUCCUCCUCCGCCAACAGCAGCUCCGGCGCCGACUCCGGCUCAUCCAGAAGCAGCAGCAACAACAACGUCGCCAUCGGUGCCGGUGUCGGCGUUCCUCUCGGCGUCCUCGCCAUCACGGCCAUUACAUGGGCCCUCUGGGAACGCAGGAAGCGAUACCUCCUCCUCAACUCGCCGCAGGGCAUGGCCGCAAUCCCGGGCCAGCAGUACGACAUGGGCCCGGCAGCCAAGUACGCUACUCUCGGCAGUAAUGCGCAGGAAUUGGCGCCCCAGGCUCCUGUUCCGCAGGGCUAUGCUCCGCAGGGUUAUCCUCAGGGAUAUGUGCCCCAGGCACAGGAACUCGGCAAUCACCGCUGAUUAUGAUUUUAAACCUUUGUUUUUGUUGCUUUGUGUUAAAACUAUCUUGAUAUCCCCAUGACCUCUUCUAUUUCUUGUUAUAUAAUGGAUUAAUAUGCUAGUAUAUAAAAUGCUCUAAUAACUACCCUAAUCGGCAUUAUGCAUGUAAUGUCUCUGAAUAAAGUA